CGAUCAGUUGUUGGGCGUUGAGAAAUACAUGUUUUCUAAAGCCUAUUGAGAUGUGACUUGGGCUCUCUAAAUAGAGCUUAGUGUUUGAUUUAAAUAUCUCAUAUCAUGUAAGAAGAGUUUACUGCAUACAUUACAUACUCUCUCCUUAUUUUUCUCUGUGAUUCACAUGGAUCUUUUUCCAAGGUUCUUGUAUUGUUUCCCUCUCCUUUGUCUACUCUACACUUUGUGGCAAAUUUUUGACAGAAGAAGACAUCAAAAUUGUUACAUAUUGGAUUAUGAAUGCUACAAGCCAAGUGAUGAUAGGAAACUCAACACAAGAUUUUGUGGUGAAGUAAUUAGGAGAAACAAGCAACUCGGCCUAAACGAGUACAAGUUUCUCUUGAAGUCCAUAGUCAGUUCAGGCAUUGGAGAGGAUACUUAUGGCCCGAGAAUGGUACUCGAAGGGCGAGAAACGUCUCCAAGUCUUGAGGAUGCUAUCAUUGAAAUGAAUGAUUUCUUUCUUGAUACUAUUGACAAGCUUUUCAAGAAGACGGGGAUUUUGCCUUCUGAGAUCGACGUUCUAGUGGUGAAUAUAUCGAUGCUCGCUGCAGUUCCUUCGUUAUCGUCUCAAAUUAUUCAUCAUUAUAAGAUGAAAGAGGAUAUUAAGGUGUAUAAUCUCAGUGGAAUGGGAUGCAGUGCCAGCCCCAUUGCAAUCAAUAUUGUUCAAAAUAUUUUCAAGACUCAAAGAAAUGUGCAAGCACUUGUUGUGACAUCUGAAUCUUUGAGCCUAGGUUGGUACACAGGGAAAGACAGAUCUAUGAUUCUUUCAAACUGUCUGUUUAGAUCAGGAGGGUGUGCAAUUCUUCUAACAAAUAAAGUGGCCUUAAAAGAAAAGGCCAUGUUCAAGUUGAAAUGCCUUGUGAGAACACACCAUGGUGCAAAAGAUGAAUCCUAUAAUUGUUGCAUACAAAAGGAAGAUGAUCAAGGCUAUGUAGGGUUUCACCUAGGCAAAAAUCUCCCAAAGGCAGCCACUCGUGCAUUCGUCGAUAACUUGAAGGAAAUCGCCCCAAAAAUACUCCCGGUUCGCGAGCUCCUUCAGUUCACAUUACUUACCCUCAUUCGAAAAACGAAGCAAAAAUACUUUAAGAUAGGUGCAGGAGCUAGGCCAGCAAUCGAUUUCAAAACCGGGAUCGAUCAUUUUUGCCUCCACACAGGAGGAAAGGCAGUGAUCGAUGCAGUGGCGCAGAAUCUAAACCUCAGCGAGCAUGAUAUAGAGCCAGCAAGAAUGACACUUCAUCGAUUCGGAAAUACAUCUGCAAGCAGCAUAUGGUACGUUUUAGCAUAUAUGCAAGCUAAAAAUAGGCUUAAGAAAGGUAACAAAGUUUUUAUGAUAAGUUUUGGAGCAGGGUUUAAGUGUAACAGUUGUUUGUGGGAAGUUAUGAGGGAUUUGGAUCAAGACGGAAAUGUUUGGACAGAAUUCAUUAAUAGCUAUCCGCCAAAAACCAUAGCCAAUCCUUUCUUAGAGAAAUAUGGAUGGAUCAAUGAGGAGGAUCCAGAUACAUUUCACGUUCCAGAUGAUUAUGUUAUUCCGUGAUUAAUUUUUCUUUUUCUUGAUCAAUAAGAUGAACUUAUUCUACUGAUAGGGAUUAAAAUUAAGUCUCUGUGUAAUUUUUUUCCUUAGAGUGGACUCAUAUUCAAAAGAGCCUGCGUGAUACUUUUGUUGACUUCUCCACUUUGUAUCCUAUUGAAAAUUGCUUUCAGUACAAUGUUAUUUGUUCGGUU